GCAUGAGUUGGAAAGAAAGCUGUUUGCAUACCAAUCUCCCUCAAAGAAGGCAUGACCAAAUUGCGGGCUGUAAAUUCUAAGGGCUCUGGAUUUUAUUAGGUGAAUGCUGAAGCCUGUUGUUUCUAUCCGUACGAUAGGCUAUCUCUCAUCUAAUUGUAUCUUUUGCUCUUGGUUUUGUGUAUCUAGUAAUAAAAAGAAUAGCCUACAAACAAAAACAUAAUUCAAUUCCUCACUUUGGAGUACAGUAGGCUACAGCUCACGCACGAAUUGUGGACUAAGCUGCAUUUUGAGCUGAUGAACAGUUCUGAGGGCCUGAAGAAGAGAGUCUACACGUUCCACCUCCAGCUGAAAGAAGAGACUCUUACAGGCACACAUGGGGAGCGGAGAGGCUUCAGCGAGAGGCACGGCCAUGGAGGGGGACUGCCUCAGCUGCAUCAAAUACCUCAUGUUCGUCUUCAACUUCUUCAUCUUUCUGGGCGGGUCCUUCCUGCUGGGCGUGGGCGUGUGGGUGCUGGUAGACCCUACGGGUUUCCGAGAGAUCGUGGCGGCGAACCCCCUCCUCUUCACCGGCGUCUACGUCAUCCUGGCCAUGGGCGGCAUGCUCUUCCUGCUGGGAUUCCUGGGGUGCUGCGGGGCCAUUCGAGAGAACAAGUGCCUGUUGCUGUUCUUCUUCAUGCUCAUCCUCAUCAUCUUCCUGGCAGAGCUGGCCGCCGCCAUCUUGGCCUUCAUCUUCCGUGAGCACCUCACGCGAGAAUACUUCACCCGGGAGCUGAAGAGGCACUACCAGGGCUACAACAACACCGACGUCUUCACCUCCACCUGGAACGCCAUCAUGACCACGUUUGACUGCUGUGGGGUGAACAGCCCAGAAGACUUUGAGGACAGCCUCUUCAGGCUCAUCAACCCAAACGACAUGGUGCCCGAGGCCUGUUGCCAGAGGAACAGUCACCCUGGAGACGUGGCCUACAUCAGCAAAGAGGAGUGCCUAAUGGGCAGUAUGCUGUUCCGCCACAAUAAGGGCUGUUACUCGGCGGUGGUCGACUACUUUGAGAUGUACAUCUACGUGGCUGGAGCGCUCGCCAUUGUGGUCCUGACUAUUGAACUCUUCGCCAUGGUGUUCGCUAUGUGUUUGUUCAGAGGGAUCCAGUAGGUCUGGCUCACAGUACGGAAGGACUUUUCCAAAAGGAAAGGACAGGAAAAGGAAAAAAAAGGCUUGUAAAAUAUAAAGGAGUGUUUUCUUUCUGUUUUUGGUUGUUUUUUUUUUUUAUACUGGCAAAUCGGGAACCUCGACAACAACCAAAUGACUCGUACUUCUCAGCUGGACCUUUGAGGUACUGGGCACACUGUAAACAAAGAGCAAAAACAAAUAACAAAACCAGGGCAAAAACGGACCAGUUGACGCCGGAAACUACUGCAUUUCCCGAGCAGGAUUGGAGAGUGGCACUGCACUGACAUUCGGAUGAAGAAUAUUUAUACUGAGGAAAGUUGGCUUAGCUGUAUAAAGGUUUGUGUUUAUGUAUAACUUGGAUGUACCCCCUCCCCCCCCCCAUCCCCAGCCCCUCAACCUGUGGCUGUAUCCCCCUCCUCCUACCUGCCCCACUCACCCCCUUUUAAGAGCCGCACUUGUUUAAUGCUGCCCUUAUUCAGAGAUAUUUUACUAAGGGUGCUGUGUGUCUCCUUGCCCCUGCUCCCCUCUCGCUUGGAAGCCGACUUAUGGUGCAUUUUUUAUUGUGUUGUGAUGGUCAUUGCCAUGGUGAUUAUUAUAUGUGAUUUUAGCUGAAAUGUAUUGUCAUGCAUUUGUAUUAGAAUGUAUAAAAGAUAUUGAUGAUGAUGGUAAUAAUAAUUAAAAAAAGAUUAUGUAAUGUGCUUGCACAUGGAUUCCGUGUGUAAAGGUAUAAAAGUGAAUCCUUGUUGCUUUGUCAUGGUGAUUUCCCAUCUUUGGUUUUUAAAAUGCUACCUAUUCAGUUGCGUUUUUGGCCUUGCUUUUAAACAAAAUUGUGUAAAUACAGUUUUCAGUUUUAAUGUUUGUAACUUAUACCCUUAACCCUGGAUAUAUGCUGUUAAAAUGCUAUGCUUUUUUAUGUAUUGUACUGUAAAAAAAAAAAAAAAUUGAAUGUCAAUUUACAGAUCUACCCUUGGAAGCUGAUAACUAAAAUCCUUAUGCACAAUUACAAACAUCCAGUACAUCCAUACAGUAUAUUGGUUUCUAUGGUGUGAAUAAGGCUGUGGGAAUGCUCUUGACACAACAGGGGAAAAAGGGUCUUUUUGGUCCCACGUUCUGUAUUUCCCCCAUUGUGUCCCAUCAGUGUUUUUUUAAUGUGUCUUAUGGUCAUUAAAGAGCUCGUGGCACUUAGA